AUGUCUGGUAAUCCGCAGGUGUCGCAGGUGUCGCAGAAAGAAUCUCGAAUCGACUCGUGUACUGUGCUUUCUGAUUCUACAUUUCCCUCUAGCGGUCGGAUCCCAGACAACGAGAUGCAAAUGGCCGAGUUCCGCAACCGCAAAAGGGACUUUAGUAUGUUCAAGGCCCAGUACGAGAAAAAUGAGCUUCAACUCCGGCAACCGGACGGCUUCCCAAUCAUUCCUCUUCCAAGCACAUUGGAGCACCUUUGUGAGGAGGCUGAUAUGAGGGCCAUGGCCCUGGAUUCUGCUCGAGUCAGAUUUGAAAUCUACGAAGAUGCAGGUAAUGGCGGUACAGGCGAAACGACGGCCAACGAAGAUGCCGAGAUGAUGGAUGCCGAAGCCGACGAAAAGGUUGAUGAAAGAGAGGAACAAGAUAUCAAUGACGCCGAGAACAAAGAAGUGAGGGAUGAGAAUGUUCAGCAGGCUCAUCCCAAAUUCGUAAACGCGGCCAAAAUCACUCGAAAACAGGAUGCGCUGGUAGACACGCGUGGGCGAACUCGCGCAGCGGCCAAUCGGCGCAAAGCUCUUGAGGCUGUACAGCUUGACGAUCACUCGGAGCUUGCAACAGCUGCGAAAGAAGAGAACAUGGAUGUUGUCAAUAGCAAGAAGGGUGCACAUGACCGCACCCGGAAAUCUGUGCGGCCCAGGAGGAAGCCAGCCAGGAAAUCUGGUUAAGCUGGUAGACACUUCACGUGCAACUUUCUCCUUUGUUUUGGAUAGAUAACUGAAGGCGUACAUGUUGGGUUUAGCGGCUUAUGGCCGAGGUGGUGCUUCACCUCGGUCCGGCGCGGAUAGCUUAUACCCUACAACAUUUGCGUACCGAGUCAGAACGGCAAUGCCGAAGAUAGCCCCAUGGACCAGUAUUAGCGUUCCA